AUGACGAGGUGGGCUGCUCCACAGUGUUCGAGACUCACCCGAGAAAUUUUCAGGCGGACGUCUGUGUUGAGCCCCGCCAGGUCGGAGACCCUGUCCACUGAGGCUACCGCCCCAUCGCAGACAGCUUUUAACACUUCAAGAGGAAGACGAGGGCUGAGUGCCAUCCGGGUGUCAACGAACUGA